GAAGGCGGGGCCAGCGUGAGAGGGGCAGUUGCUGCUUACGCGGCGCCUUGGCUGGAGGCAGGUCCCGCUCGGAGGGAGCAACAGCAAAGAUGGUGGCCAAGCAGCGCAUCCGGAUGGCCAACGAGAAGCACAGCAAGAACAUCACACAACGCGGGAACGUGGCCAAGACCUCGAGAAACGCCCCAGAGGAGAAGGCUUCAGUGGGGCCCUGGCUGCUGGCGCUCUUCAUCUUCGUGGUCUGUGGAUCCGCUAUCUUCCAGAUUAUUCAGAGUAUCAGGAUGGGAAUGUGAAGGAUUAAAUCUUUGUACAAGAUAGCUUCAUUUCUCCUGUGAACUAUGAACUCUCAUUCCUGAUGUUUGAUAACUCGGAAUUUAAAUUUGCUGUCAUCUUGCUUCUGAAGAACUUUCCAUGUUGACCAUAUGUCAUUCCAGGUUCCUUCACAAAUCAUUCCAAGUUUUCUAGUCCAUGCCACAGUGCCUUGAGAAAGCACCACAUGUAUAAAGCAAUAAAGAAUUAUUGUUAACUUACAAUCGUGGACCUACUUAUUCUGUGAAUCAAACUCAUGCUUUCUGUUGAGCUAUUAAGUGUAAGCAGUGUAGAUACUUAGUGACCACAUCAUAUGUAAACACUGAUCUUUGUUCAUCUUCUGUAUAAAUGGAAAUGGUUUUAUUUAAAAUUAAAAAGUUAAGCUUAUAAGAUAGUGACUGUAUGGCUAGUUGGAAGCACACUCAUGCAAGCUAGUUAACAGAUGUGUGCUGUGGCUUUUGUUUAUCUAAAAAGAACAUCUUCUGUAUGUGUAGCUUAGUUUUAUCAUCGCAUGUGGCAACUUAACUCUUAAAUGAUUCUGAUAGAAGACUUCAUCCAAUGCUUCCUGGGAGAUUGUUUAAUGAAACAAUGUAAUUUAAGACCAAUGGCUUUAUAGAUUAUAUAAAGGAACAGAAUUCUUCAGUUUUAAUGUGCCAGAAAUUUCACAGAAAAUGCUUAGUUGUUGUAUUGUACUUUGAGUGUCAGUGAUUUUAUGCCAUCAUUCCUUUGGGGGCAGAAUGGGCAAAAGGAGCAAUUACAGUUAAUAUGGUAAAGGUGCAGAAAAAUCAUCUGGUGAUUUGUUCCAUAAUGUUGCAGUGUUCACAGUAAGUCAUCCAGGGAGCACUAACAUGCAUGCAGCCUGAAUAGCGCCCUGCUUGUGCUGAACACAUUAAUAGGUUAAAUAUACUGCUGAAUCCAAAUUUUUAUAUUGCUGUGACUCGAGCCAUUUUUUGUUACUCUACAGCAUGUUAAUUUCAAAGAAGUCUUCAGCAGAAAGGUGUAAAGGAAAGUGGGUUACAUUUUCACAGGGUAGUAGACUCAAAAAUGAAUUGUCUUUGCCACUUCUAACAACAUCUUGUUAAAUAGCAUAGCAAGAAUGCGGUGAAAUUUGGCACUCUUUCAGGAAAUGCCUUAUCAACAGGUAAUUGGACCACAAAUAAACUAUUUAAAGGGCUGAGUGAAAAGCUAGCUAGAUAUAUGACUCUGUAAUUUUGCAGGGCUGUAUGAUAAAUGACUGGAAGGCUAUGUUUUUACCAUGAGCUGUCAGUACAUUCUGUAAAUGGGAAUCGCUUGUUUGUAAUCCAAGAACUAUUUCCAAUAAAUUACUUUAAAAUCUGA